AUGGCUGAUAGCAACUCCCCGGAUUACGAAGCGCUCUUCUUAAGAGCGGAGGAAGAGCGAAAACGCGAAGCAGAGCUGAGGAAACAAGCGGAGGCAGAGAGGGAUCACGAAAGAGAAAAAACUCGACAAACAACGUUUGGUGAACUCAUUCGACACUGCCACGACUUGUUCUCGCGACCAUUGAGAGCUGAAGAUCCGUCCCGCUCUACUACAGGAAAGAUACCAGCGCCCACUGGUAAACGUUGCCCGCUACAACUCCGCCCGUGGACUGAUUGUGAAACCAGACAGCAAGAAAUUUACCGCUCUGUUUGCAAUUAUUUAGAGCCACCAGGGCAGGAUGCCGAGCAGUUAUUCCUUUCACGCCACGUGCUAGAGGGUUUUGGGAAAGAACUCAGGAGGCCUAUAAGCAGUGAACAAGAUUUGGAGAGCUAUGAACGAUUUGGUGUGGAAAAUCAUGUUCGUGACAUUAUUGCACAGCUCUGCAAGAAACCUGCCGCUCGAGACGAGUUCCACUUGAGUGACGGAAUCCGUUUUGAUAAUCACGCAAACGCUCUUGAUCCUCCCCAAGUUGACCCAUUACAACCGAGAGAAUUGUCAACCUCGCGGCGUUCAAGACCGGAUCAAUUUUGCAUACGCUAUGGCACUUCAGAAACUAUCCUUACAACAGUUGAAUAUAAACCACCUCAUAAGCUAAACGUCGAAAAUAUUCGCUCCGGAUUGCGACCGAUGGAUUUCUGGAAAGAGGUGGUAGCGCCCGAUUCUAUCCCUACGCAAGAACCUGAGAAACUGAGAUACAAUGCAGCCCGGCUUACGGGCUCGGCACUAGUCCAAGAGUUCUAUGUGAUGAUUCAGGAAGGGCUUGAAUACUCCUAUUUGACGAAUGGAUUGGCGAUAGUUCUGCUGCGAGUCCCUUACGAUGACCCGACUACGUUAUACUACCAUCUCUGCGAACCCAACAUGGACGUGGACUCUGAGAAUGAUCAGAGCUUUCGGCAACCGGUAACAAGUAUUGCCCGUGUACUGUGUCUCUGUCUCAUGAGCUUUAGUUCGAGAUUGCGUAACAAUAAUUGGCGAAAUAAUGCGCUGAAACAGCUUCCAGAAUGGAAGACAAGUUUUGAUCAUGAACGUUCUGGAAUCCCAGAUGCAGAACUGCGAAAGAUCCCUCCAGAUGCACAAUAUACUCCAUCAGUAUAUACAAGUUCUGAGGGUUCCGUUUCAGUGUUUGUGCCGUCGUCCCCUCCUGAAUCUCCUACAGCGGGACGUCGACCGCCAACUCGAUCUCAAACUCGGUGCGCACCUUCGGAUUCAAUCCUUCGCAACCACUCUUCAGAGUCUGAUGAGGAUCCAGCGCCCACGGGGCAGAAGCGUCGUUUCAGUCGAGUCAUCUCGUCUCCGUUAUCCCCAUCUGUGCAACGACCGGGACGCCAGACAGGCUCUGGACAUGCCCCUAGCGAUCAAAAGCAUUAUCAGGCGCAGUUCUGUACUCAGCGGUGUCUACUCGGUCUGCAACAGGGGAGUUUACUAGACGAAUACUGCCCGAAUGUAACACUCCACCGGAAGGGGAGAAACGGCAAUCGGCACCUCAUCAACGCCGAGACAUUGGUUCAACGGAUUAAACAGCAGCUGGAUGAGGAUAUCGAUGAUUGUACACCUAUGGGAGGCUGUGGAGCAUCUGGGGCGCCGUUCAAAAUUACCUGUGCAGUAUAUGGCUAUACUGUUGUAGGUAAAGGAACUACUUCUUAUCUCUGGAAAGAGGUAUCCCGCGAAGCAGAUAUCUAUCGUAUCCUCUCGCGACUUCAGGGUUUGGUAGUUCCGGUGUUUCUCGGAGCGAUCGACCUGGCUAAAAUCUACUUCUUGAGUGGAGCUGGAGAGAUUCGACACAUGCUACUUAUGGCGUGGGCAGGAAAGCCAAUCAGCAAAAACGAAGCAACAAGCCCUGACAUCUCUAGGUCUAUCUCGAAGUCUAUAAAGAAGAUUCGCUCAUUGGGAGUAUCACAUCAGGACCUUCGCCCGGAGAACUUUCUGUGGAAUACGGAGCUACAACGGGUUCUGAUUAUUGACUUUCAUUGUUCGAAACUGGAUCGUCCACUGUUAAAAAGGCGGAGCAGACUACCCAGGAAGCUUUCAGAUGAAAAUCCACACGAGCGAAAAAGACUACGUAUAGCCUGA